UUUGACGCGGAAGUGAUAUUACUGUUGCUGACCUUCACACGGGUCAUGUUAUAAGUACCUAGCUAGCUAUCAAGCUAACUGAAUGAAGAAGACUCGUCUCAAAAUAAAGUUACAAGGAGGAGCUACAGCAUGCAGGGAUUGUUGAUACAGGCACUGGCACUGAGACAGUUGGGAAGGCUGAGUACCCGAAAGCUGCUGAACCCUGGACCGGGACCUUACUGGACAGAAUGGUGCCCAAGGACACUACACACCCGCCAGCUGUGUGGUUCCCCCUCUUUCCUGACCCUUGGUGGACACAAGCUUCCUAAACGCUGGAAUUCAGCUAAGAGCAGGUUGGUUCUUCAUCACGUGAGGUUCAAAAGUAGCAAGAAGAAAGGAGGCUCAAAGGUCGUACAGGAAGAGGAAGAAGAUGAUGAAAAGGACCUGGAGGACAGUGACUAUGAUGAUGAACCUGAGGAUGACUCCAGUGUGCCAAAAGACUACAAAGACAUAGAGAAAUAUGUGCAGUCCUUUCGAUAUGAUGUUAUCAUGAAAGCUGGCCUUGACAUAGCACGCAACAAAGUGGAGGAUGCAUUCUAUGGCAACAAGCUUUGGCUAAAUGGACAGAAACUUGUCAAGAAAAGUAAAUUGGUUAAAGUUGGGGACACCUUGGACCUGGUAUUGUUAGAGAACAAAGAAACAGACACUGUCACGCUUUUGAGAGUCAUCAUUAAGAAGGAAUUGGGUGAAUCCAAGGAUGGAGACCGGUACAAAGUUGUUCUGAGGCGCUGGAAAAACUUAGAACUUCCCAAGCAGAAUGCUUUUAAACAAUGAGUUUGUGUACAAUACUGAAUACACCACUCCCCAUUGACAAGGGAUUUGGAAUAUCUAUGUCUAUGCAUGUUACUACAUCAAAGUGAAUGGUGCAUUUUUUACAGUCUUCUUGGUAUGUGUCAUUGGCUUAUCUGUUUUCAAAUGGCUUUGGGCCUUGACACAAUUUUCUAUUAACAAAUAUUAGUAAGACUACUUCUCAAUAUUACUAAGUAAUUAUGAAAUGGAUGGUCAUGGUUUGAAUCAGAUGCAAGGGGAUAUGUGUGGGAUAAGUUAUGGAGUGCUAAUAAAGUGAAAUGCUGAAUUUGACCGACUUGAUUACAAAUGGCUUAACGGGAUCUGUUGCCAUGGUUUAAUGCAUAUUUAUAAUACAAAAUUCUAUAAGAAGGUAGAACAUUGUUAUAAAAGACCAGUAGUGCCACAAGCAAUGGAAAUAAACAAUCACCAUUUUUAUCCA